AUGGCCCUCGCAGCUCAACAGCAUACUCAGGCCGAUUGGGGCCGCUGGUCUCACCAGAUUCCACAGAGUUUUCCCAUGAUGGGCUCUCCAGGAUUCAUGUCAUACGAUCCCAGAGCUCAGGACGGCAGUCAGAUGCAGCGUCAGGUGUCUGCUCAGUACCUGGUGAACUCGAACUACAACCAGCCCCCGAUGCCCACUGCUUCGUCUCCCCAGUAUCAACACGCAGGGCCAUUUUCCUAUGUGCCUUACCACAGCCCGCCGCCGUCCACUCCUCUUGGUUCCCCAUUCAAGAGCGAAUUUCCCGAGCACCCUCUUACGCGCAUGACACACUCUACGGUCGAUCGACACCAUUCUCAGGCCAUGAGGGACUACCAACCUUAUUCUCCUGUAUCGAGGAGGGGAUCGAUUUCUUCAGUCGCCACCAAGCCCUCAGCAGCUCCCGUCACACCAGGUCCAACUACUCCUGGCUCUUUCACUUCAAGUUCCGACGCCCAGAGCCCCAGCACUCCAAACCCCCAGACUGCGUCUCAGCCUGUCAGCUCCAAGACUCUCACUUACAAUGAGACCGUUCAUCCGGGCGAUAGGAUCAGCUUCAGAACCGAUGUUGAUGAACUCAUGAAGGCCAUCCAGAAGACACAGACGACCGACGAGUGUCAGCAAACACUCACACCUGCGCGAACACCAAAGAACUGUACCACAAGUACUCCCGUACUUCGUACACAAAGCGGGAAGCCGAGAAAACAGUGGGUUUGCGAUGGCCCCAACUGCGGCAAGGCCUUUGUCCAGAAGACGCAUCGCGACAUUCACCGACGCACUCACACCGGCCAUCGACCAUACGUCUGCACCAUGGAAAAUUGCGGUCUUACGUUCUCGCAGCGAGGAAACCUCAAGACUCACAUACGACGCCACACAGGUGAAAAGCCGUUCUCUUGCGCUGCUUGUGGCAAGUGCUUCGCUCAGCGUGGGAAUCUUCGAUCCCACGAGGAGACACACAAAGGCCUGAAGCCCUUCGUCUGCCGGCUCGAUGAUUGCAACAAGUCGUUUUCUCAGCUGGGCAAUAUGAAGACUCAUCAGAACAACUUUCACAAAGAAACGCUCCAGAAACUCACACACAUGUUUGUGCAAUUCUCGGAGAACGGCGAGGUGCCCAGAGACUAUCAGGAUCUUUUCGAAUACUUCCAGAAGCACUACAAGAAUAGCAACAAGGGAGUCAAGGGCCGAGGAAAGACUCGCGCUGUGGCAGCUCGUGGGCCUCAAGAUUCCGCGUUUCGGCAGGCUGCCUCCCCAGUGCCCGCGUUACUGAAGACGCCGGCUACGACUCAUUUGCCCCAGAUGACAAUGCCAGCCCAUGAUCCCCAUGGCAGAAUCUCACCAUACGCCAUGACCCAGGGAGCUGCGAACACUCUGAGCAAUGUCCUGCGCAACCCCAACCCCUCUUACGGCCUUUAUGGACCCACGUUUGCCCCGGGCCCUGUACGAGAUGGCGUCUUUCACAUGGGCAUUGCGAGCCACCUAUCCUGA